UUAUCUCUAGGCAAAUUACUUAAGUUUGUGCUGUGCAAUGAAGCAUUUCAUUGGAAACAGAAUCCCGUCUUAUUUCGACACACCAAAUGCCAACGAGUUCCCAUGCUAACGGCCAUCUAGCCAAUUAGUUCUAAUCGCUAACGCAAUAGGCGAGUAACGAUCUAUGGCGAUUGGACGUUCAUAAAUUAAGUUUGUUGCCUAAGUCAUUCGUUUUACUCAUUCGACUCAAAUGUGGGCAGAACACGAGGACUUCGGCGUGUGUCUAUGGAAACUGUUGCAAUUGUUUUUCAAAUAUAAACAAACGCGAUGCGAGCCGGCGCGGCGUGGCGACCAGACCAGGUAACUAACGGUGGUGUUGGGCAUGGGAACACUAGCCGCUGCUGGUGUCGGGGCAGCCGCGAUGUACUCGAUAUGUGUGAGUCUCGAUGUGUGUGGAAACCGGUUGCCCCGCCGCACUCAACAACAGUCGUCGCCGAACAUUCUGUGAGCACGCAAACACAAAUUUUGGAGCUUGCUCGCAGUUCAAAAUCAUUUCCAAACACUCUCUACGUCAUAACUAUUACAAAAGCAUGAAGAGGUGCUACUGCGGACACAGCGGCGGCAGCUUUGCUGGCAGUGGCAGCAUAUUGAAAUCAACGAGCCACAUCAGCAGACGACAGCAGCCAGAGCCACCGGAGCAGCCACGACCACGCAGUGAUCUGCUUUCGCUGACAUCAUCAUCCCGACAAAGCGUGCAGCCGACGCAGUUUGUCAAACGGCCACUUCUGAGGAGCAACAAUCAACCGGUUCAAAAUCUGGGAUUAGGUCACUCUAGCACGCAGUUAAAUGGUCAGUUUAGCAGACGCAACUCGGCAACAACUACGGUGAGCCAUUGCUCCAGCUGCUGCAGCUCCGCAGGCUACGCCCCACAGCUGCGCGAAAGUCGUGUCAAGGUGCUCAGCUGGGCCAGCGGGGAGCAGGCAAGUGGCAGCUCUCAUAGCAACACCAACAACAACACCCACUGCGAGCACACGGACAAUCGUCGGGUCUAUGAACAACGCGCCUGCGCCGCCAGUCGUCUGACAGCUGAAGGUCAGGGUCAGGUUCAUGUUGCAAGUAGCUGCAACUCUUCGUCAACGUCAUCGCCUUUGCCCCCAAGUUGCGACAACGAGUUGCAGCGCCUGCUCGCCUUGCAACAGUUUCGUUUGCUCAAUGCCAGCGAUUGCUUCAGCAGCCAACGACAGGAUGAGUUGCGUCUGCAGCGCGCCUAUGACAAACUGGGCGUGGCCGGUGGCGACAGCAAGUGGCACAAAAAUAGAGCCAACGAGUCGCGACAGCAGCCAUUGACAACAACCGCAACAACAACACCUUAUGCGCUGCGACAGAAGUUGCUGCAGCUGCGAUUGCAACAGGAGCAGGCAGCGGGACGUGGCACGGGAGCAGCGUGUGCACCCUUGGAACGCAGCUGUGCACUUCGCUUCAAUUGCCAUUAGCUGUUGAUGUUGAAUGCUUAAAAAAUAGAUGUAAUAAAUGAAAAAUUGUUAGCCUAAUCGAUCAAUCAAUCAAGUGACAACUCAUAAAUGAGUAUUGGUUCCCUAUUUAUCAUUAGUUAAAACGACGCGAUUCCAUUCAGAUUUAUUGCUAAUACAUAUGUAUUUCAUUUAUCUUUUUAAUAAAACAGUG